AUGAGCACGAAAACCGGAAGAACCGAUGGUACAGAGAAGAAUAACGCGGUGAAUUCGCCGUUUUCUGUUCUCAAAGGCGUGACGCCUGUCAACAGAGAGCCCGUAGCACAGGUAAAUUCCCGAGCGGCUACACGUCAGACAACAGAGAAAGAAAGCACUGGUAGUGAGGAUCCGCUUGUGGAAGAGUAUUUGACCAAGCACUAUGGAAGUGAUGAGGACGAAGACAUAAUUCGGGCGAGCAAACGGACCGAGAAAUUCUGGAAGGCCUUUGCAGCCGAGCGCAAGGAUGGGGACGAGAAGGUUCCAAGCAGGUUCAGGCGGAAGAAGCUGCCAAAGUCGGAGAGACGAGCGGUAGCAGGGAGUGGGGUUGCGGAGCUGACUGGCGCAUCUGCACACCCAGUUGACUUUUACGACAUCAGAGGAGAAUACUCCGAGUUUGAAAGCGUUGUGGACGUGGCAUUCUCCAAUGGGAUCUCAGCAGAUGAAUGGAUCGAGAAGGAGGUGUCCAGUCUCGUGCAGCACCGCACUGCACCAUACGUCACCGUGAUCACAUCAGACGUUCAGCUGAAGCUGGCUGUCCUCUCCAGGGGUGGCUACGUCAAGAGCUCAAAUGCUUUUAUACAAGAGCUGAAGGAUGCUCGAAGUGAUCCAAACGAGGCCCUACAGAGCACAGACACAUACAAGCGUAGUCUGCUGGAGCAUCAGCUCCCCCAGGAGACCCUUCAAGGGCUUCUGGCCAUGCGGAGAUCGGCAGCAGAGGAUGACCCCUAUUACCUUAAGUACAUCGUGAAGUAUGAUAAGACUUCCGUAGGCACCACUUCCCCCUCUCCCUCCUCUCCCACCUCCUCUUCCUCUUCCACCUCUUCCUCCUCCUCUUCCACCUCCUCCUCCUCUUCCACCUCCUCCCUCUCCUCCUCCCCAUCUGCCUUCAACAGCUCCUCAUCUGCCUCCUCUCAACUUUCCAGUCACAGCAGCUCGCCCAGUCAUACCAAGCACACCACUAAAAGCAAGCGAACCCACGGCACCACCGCACAGGAAACCUCCCUACACCCAUUGAGCUUGCGAGAGCAGCUGCAGGCGCAGUUGGCAACAACACAAGGGGCAGAGGAGGCUGUGGAACCCCGAACGAAGCUGCUCAAUUUCCCCCGCACGAGCCAUCUUAUCAGGUUGCCAGCGCAGCUCGACCGUAGCCAGAUCUCAGUCCGAGCCAGCUCAACCUCCCCGAAGCCUACCAUGGCCGCCACUGCCACUGCGACCAAGGCGCUCAUCAGCGAAUCCGCUGCAUGGAACGACCUCAAGGCGCACAAGGAGGCGAUUGACAAGACCCACCUGCGGGACCUGCUCAAGGACGAGGCUCGCUGCGCUGCCAUGAUCAAGGAGUACGACGGCAUCCUUGUUGAUUUCUCCAGGCAGAGGGCCACCACUGAGACCCUCCCAAAGCUGCUGACUCUUGCGGAGGAGGCGAAGCUGAAGGAGAAGAUCGAUGCCAUGUUCAAUGGCGAGCAUAUCAACUCCACAGAGAACCGCGCUGUCCUGCAUGUGGCACUCCGCGCUCCCCGUGACGCUACCAUCAAUGUGGAUGGCAAGAACGUGGUGCCGGGCGUGUGGGAGGUGCUGGACAAGAUCAAGGCGUUCACAGACACCGUUCGGUCAGGCAAAUGGCUAGGCGCCACUGGCAAGCCUCUGACCGAUGUGGUUGCCAUUGGCAUUGGAGGAAGCUUCCUGGGUCCUCUCUUUGUGCACACAGCUCUCCAAACAGAUCCGAGCUCUGCCAAGGCAGCAGACGGCCGCAGUUUGCGUUUCCUGUCCAACGUUGACCCCAUUGACGUCGCCACGGCCCUCCACGGGCUCGACCAGGAGACCACCCUCGUCGUGGUGGUGUCGAAGACGUUCACCACGGCAGAGACCAUGCUGAAUGCACGCACAGUGCGCACGUGGAUCACUUCUGCCCUGGGUGAGGACGCAGUGGCAAAGCACAUGGUAGCAGUCAGCACGAACCUAAAGCUCGUCAAGGAGUUUGGCAUCGACCCUGCUAAUGCCUUCGCCUUCUGGGACUGGGUUGGCGGCCGCUACAGUGUCACCAGCGCUGUCGGUGUGCUGCCCCUCGCCCUGCAAUAUGGCUUUGAGCACGUGCACAAGUUCCUCAAGGGCGCAUGGAGCGUUGACACGCACUUCCACACUGCUCCCUUCGAGUCAAACCUCCCUGUGCUCCUGGGCCUCAUCAGCAUCUGGAACGUCUCUUUCUUCGGCAACCCUGCCCGGGCCAUUCUGCCCUACUGCCAAGCACUUCAGAAGCUGGCUCCUCACAUCCAGCAAGUGAGCAUGGAGAGUAACGGCAAGGGCGUCUCCAUUGAUGGGGAGGUGCUGCCAUACGAGUGUGGGGAGAUUGACUUUGGCGAACCGGGCACCAACGGCCAGCACUCCUUCUACCAGCUCAUCCACCAGGGGCGAGUGGUCCCGUGCGACUUCAUCGGGAUUAUCAAGAGCCAGCAGUCCGUGUACCUCAAGGGCGAAAUCGUGAGCAACCACGACGAGCUCAUGUGCAACUUCUUCGCUCAGGCUGAUGCUCUGGCCUACGGCAAGACUGGAGAGGAGCUGAAGGCUGAAGGUGUGCCUGACCACCUCAUCCCGCACAAGACCUUCACGGGCAACAGGCCAUCUCUCAGCAUCCUCCUGCCAUCACUCACACCCUACACAGUGGGACAGCUGCUAUCGCUGUACGAGAACAGGGUGGCAGUGCAGGGCUUCGUGUGGGGCAUCAACUCUUUUGACCAAUGGGGCGUGGAGCUUGGCAAGGUGCUGGCCUCCCGAGUGCGCACUCAGAUGAAUGCCUGCCGCACCAAGGGCCAGACAAUCGAGGGCUUUAACUACAGCACCACCAUGCUGCUCAACCGCUAUCUGGAGGGCAAGACUCAGCUGCUGUACCCCGAGCCUUACAACGUGUUCCCCAAGGACUUGCUGACUGGGGAGGGGGUGAAGAAACCUGUCACCCCUCCUUCCUCCCCUUAA